CUGGUUAUGUCAACUGUCAAGUCAAUUUAUAACCCAAAAAUUUACAUAAAUCAGCUGAGAAAUAAAUUACUAUUUAUAAUCUUAGUCACUUCCUAAUUAUAUGACUAGAGGAAUAUUAAGAAGAAUGAGUUCUUUAAGAAAAUAUAUUGAUAUUGGUGCGAACCUCACAGAUGAUAUGUACCAGGGUGUUUACCAUGGAUCCAAGAAACAUGAGCCGGAUUUGGAUGUGGUAUUAAGCCGGGCCUGGAGUGGGGGCUUGGACAAGAUGAUCAUAACAGGAGGCAGUUUAGAAGACAGUAAAAAGGCUAUAGAUAUGUCACGAUCAGAUGCAAGAUUGUUUUCAACUGUGGGAUGCCAUCCCACAAGAUGUAAAGAUUUUGUGGAAAAUCCAGAAAACUACUUGAAUGGCCUCAGGAGUCUAAUAAGUGAAAACAAGAAUAAAGUUGUUGCUAUCGGAGAGUGCGGACUGGAUUACGAGAGGCUACACUUCUGUGAAAAGGAUGUGCAGUUGAAGUUCUUUGAAUACCAGUUGCAGUUAAGUAGGGAGUUCAGCCUGCCAUUGUUUCUUCAUUGUCGGGCAGCUGCUGAUGAUCUAGUGGAUAUCUUGAGCAGGAACCAAGACAAAGUGGUUGGUGGUGUGGUGCAUUCUUUUGAUGGGUCUGAGGAGGCACUACAAAAAAUCCUUUCACUUGGAUUGUAUAUAGGUAUUAAUGGAUGUUCAUUAAGAACGAAAGAAAACUUGGAUGUGGCAUCGAAAAUACCCACAGACAGACUGAUGAUUGAGACAGACUGCCCGUGGUGCGAGGUGAAGCCCACUCAUCCGGGAUAUGGGCAUGUUGUCACAAAGUUUGCGACGGCCAAGAAGGAGAAGUACAGCCCAGGUUCUGAUAGCCAAGUAAAGGGGAGAAACGAGCCUGUCAAUAUUGUACAAGUUCUGGAGAUAUUGGCGGCAAUACGGAAAGAAAACCCAGACGAAUUAGCUGCAGCGAUAUAUGACAAUACAAAUAGAGUAUUUUUCCCAAAAUAAACUGUUGUAUAAUGUGUAAAUAAAGUUAUAUUUAUAAUGUUGUUUUGUCUA